CUCGGAGGCUGCUUGAUAGGCGGAAGGCUGAGGAAUCUCGAUUAAUUCUUCAAAAUUUAACCAAAAAAGGAGGUGCGAUGGAGUUUUUGGAGUUUCAAGAACAAUACAAGGGACUGGACUUGAGCCUGAUGGUAGCCAUAGAGGACCACAGUUGCUCAGAUGCUUGACCUUCUGUCCCAAGCUAAAAUCAACCUUGCUGCCAAAGAUGUCCACGGCUGGACUGUCCUGCACCACGCCGUCAGCAAAGGUGAUGUAGAUAUUGUUAAGAUUUUGGCACUGGCCGAAGAAAAACUUCUCCUCGAAGAAAGGACUUUGGCUGGCUCGACUCCUCUUCACCUUGCAGCAUCUGGCACCAAUCUAGAUGUGUGCAUUUGCUUAGUGGAACUUGGUGCCAAUCUCAUUGCGGAAACUGCUUUUGGUGAAAAUCCUCUUCACCGUGCCUGUCUGAAGGGCAGUCCGAUGAUAGUGCAGUACCUGCUUGGUCUUGGAUGUUACUACGGCAUGGAAGAAAAUUACUUCGGAUAUACGAUUUGGCAUUUGCUGGCGAUGGCGAAUCGCAUGGAUGUUGCUGAAGUGUUAUUAGAUGACCCAAAAUACGGAUUGAACUGCAACACUCCUGGUGGCGACGGAUGGACUCCCAUUCUAAUUGCUGUACAGAGGUCUGAGGUUGAUUUGGUCCGAUUGUUUGUAGAACACGGUGCUGAUUUGGAGGCGGAGAACUGCUUUGGCCACGAUGCCCUUCUUUCUGCCUGCAUAGGAGGUAAAGCUGAAAACGUCGAGUUUCUUUUGAACUGCAAGAACUUUGAUUUGGAGAAGGUGGAUGUGAAACACCUCACAGCUCUGCACUUGGCCACAAUUUCAAAACAGAUAGAUGUGGUUAAGUUGAUCUUAGCUAGAGGUGCCUACAUUGAAAAACGGGGAGGUAUUCGCAUGGUGACUCCACUUCUAUUAUCAGCUGCCUUGUCAAAUGUGGAAAUCUUCUGUAUUUUGCUUGAGAAUGGAGCUGAUAUAAAUGCUGAAGAUGAAUACAAUCAUGAUGUGUUUCUUAUGGUUUGCGGAGGAGGACGAUUGGAUAUUCUGAAAUACUUGGUUGAGACCAUCAAUUACAGAUAUGACUUAAAUAAGAAGAGUAUCAAUGGAAAAACUGCUUUCAUCAAGGCUGGAAGAAACAAGAGCUUGGAGGUGAAGAAGUAUUUAGUUCAACUGGGUGCUGAUAUUCAAGAUGUUGACAACUUCAAUUUGACUGCCAUCACUGUAGCAGCCCAGUUCUCUAAUGUUGAAUGCUGUCGGUACUUGUUGGAAAUUGGGGUCAACCCACAAAUCCGAACCAAAAUUGGAACCAACGCUCUUCACCAGGCUUGCAUUUCAGGCAACAUUCAGACUGCACAGUUUCUACUUGACAAGCAACUGUUUGACAUCAACGCCACUGCCAUUGGAAAUACCACAGCUCUGCACCUCGCGGCUGAACGAAGUCACUCUGAUUUGGUUGAAAUUUUGUUGGACAAUGGCGCUGAUGUGAAGGCUCAUAAACUGAAUGGGCAGCUGGCUUUCCAUGUGGCCGCCAAACGUGCAGACCUCAAAACAGUGAAAGUAUUUAUGGAUAAAUUUCCAAGUCUUCUGGAGGAAAGGACCAGAGCUAAGGAGACUGCUCUCUUGCUGUCUUGCCAAAAUAAAAACUUGGAUGUUAUUCAGUAUCUAAUCGAGUGCGGCUCCAACUUAGAAGCUGUUGAUGAGUAUGGAAAUAACGCAUUGCACCUGGCAUGCAAAGCAGGAAAUUUUCCAACCGCCCAGUUUCUCUUUUACGAGAUGGGUUUUGAUGUGAAGCUGAAGAACGAUUACCUGGACAGCACAGUCCACUUAGCUGCCUGGGGUGACAGCAUUGAAUUAUUGGAGUGGCUGGUCACUGAGCUUGAAAUGCCAAUGGAUGAGCAAACCAAGUGCAAACAAACGCCUCUCCACUUGGCAGCAAAGUACGGAAGUGCUGAAACCUGCCGCUGGCUGAUUGAUCGAGGCGCCGACCUGCGGGUCAUCAAGAACAAUGGCAAGAACUUACUGAUGAGCGCCUGCAACGGAGGAAAGUUGGAAAAUGUCUUGCUUUUUCUCGGCCUAGGCGUAUAUAAAAUAAACGAUAGAGAUAGUUUUGGCCGGACUGCCUUCCACCUUGCGGCUAAGAAAGGCUGUUUGAAAUUGAUUACAUAUUUAGUCGAGAAAUAUAAUUGCAAUACAAUGGACAUCGACCGAAGGAACUCUGAAAAUGCCUUGCACGUUGCUGCAAAAUCCAAUAACAUUGAAGUGGUUCAGUAUCUGGUCUGUUUAAACAGGAAGCUACUGCUGAGCAAGACCAGCUACAAUAAACUACCAGUAGACAUGGCCAAAUCAAACCAGAGGAAAGAGGUGCUGAGCUAUUUGCAGUUAGAAACUGCCAAGGAAAUGGACCUGAACAACCAUCCAGUUCUUCCAGUUGCACCUCGGCAGCUCACACCACGUCAACAAGCACCACGUCAUGAGCUUGAACCAAAAUUGAACUACAACUGGAGAAAAUAAAUGUAGGCUUAUCCUGUGUAUCAAAUUCAUAUCAUUUUCUAGGAAGAAAAAACGAGAAGAAACGAUUUUUAAUUUAAAAAUAUCACAUCAAAGUUUAUUUUUGUACCUCGCAAU